AUGAACCUGGGAAUCUGGUCGUUGUGUUACAAGCAGGAGUUUAUUACUCCCCUGCAGAUCACAGCUAGCCGGGGCUAUGACAAGUGUCUCCAGCACCUGCUAACCUCUGGGGCAGAUGUAGACUUUGCCCCAGGAGGAAAGACCGCUCUACACGAGGCAUGUGAGAAUUCCCAGACCGAGUGUGUCCGUCUGCUGCUCACAUACGGAGCAAAUCCCAAUGCCUUCUCCGAGGAUGGCUACACCCCUCUCCACCUGUGCUCCUCACCGGAAUCCCUCAGAUGUGCGGAGUUUUUGUUGAAGUUUGGCUGUAAUGUGAACAGUCGGACAGAGGACAAGGACGAUACAGCUCUGCACAUCGCAGCACGGUUCGCUCUGGAGGAUCAUGUCUGCUUGUACCUUCACCAUGGAGCAUCGGUCAACAGGAUGAAUGACAGUGGCCAGACCCCACUGCACUGUGUGUGCGCACAGUCCCACAGCCAGCAGGAUGCUGACAGAUAUUUCCGUGUCUGUCAGUAUCUGAUUGAGCAGGGGGCCAGUGUGGAUUCACUGGAUGAAGAGAAGCAGUCAGCGCUGCACAUGGCCUGUCGCACAGUCAAUUACAGGAUGGUGGAUCUACUGCUGAGCAAGGGAAUCGAUGUUAACCGCAUGGACUAUGGGGGAAAUGCCCCAAUGCAUAAAGCACUGCAGGCUGUCGCUUACAAGUUAGAGCAUGAGCCUGAACGCACAGUCCGAUCCCUCUUAAACUAUGGCUCCAUCCGUAUCUGGCCAGGUGCUAUUCCAAAGGUGCUGAGGUUCUGCUCCCAGUCUCCGCGGACAAUCGAGGUUCUCGUGAACGUUUACGAUCGGCUGAAAGUGACCGAUGAUUGGGUGGAGUCGGUGCCAUUGAAAGUGCUUCAGGAGCACCAGGAUUUCUACGAGUCCCUGUUUGCACUUUCCCAGACACCACGCUCACUGCAGCACCUGGCCCGAUGUGCCAUUCGCGCACACUUUGAAGGGCAUUGCCAGGAUCGAAUCCCUCAACUCCCACUGCCAACCUUCCUGAAGGACUAUCUGUUGCUGCAGUUUCAGGGAUAUAUCAGUUAGUGAGCUGAAGCACAGACACUGAAGCACAGUCAACUCCCCAUCGACAAAGGCCAGAGUCAGUGAAAACAACAGAACCCAACCCAGCAACACAGACAAUACAGGCCAUUUGUUCAGACCUGCUCUUACUUCAUCAAAUUCUAGAUUCUGGAUAAUAACCAAUAAACAUCCACUCCCUCCACCACCGACGCUCAGUAGCAGCAGUGUGUACUAUCUACAAGAUGCACUGCAGAAAUUCACCAAAGAUCCC